UGUGGUUGUAGAAACAUAACGCGAUAAUCGUAAUCGCAGUGUUAGGUUUCCUUUUUAAACAUUUUUAUUUACCGCGUUGUUUCGUAGUCGCGCGUUUACACUAUCGCCAACCAUAGAAAAAGGAAAACGAAAAAAAAAUAAUAAGAGUGAGACACAAAAAAAAAGUUUAGCGCGCACGUGUUACUUUACUUCAUCUAAUCGUGCGUUACCUUUGUCGCGUCAGUUGUGCACGUGGUCCUCGCAUCUCCGGUAUAAUACGUAGCGUGUAGAAAAACGUGUAGAUUUUUUUGAAACGACACUUGCAUAAAUAAUAACAACCGCGACGCGACAUAACCUCUUUAUUUAAGUUUUUAUGAGUAGCCAACUUAAAAUUUAAAUUAAAAAAAAUAUAUUUUAUUUUUAAAUUGACUGUGAAAACUAAGAAAAAGUGUUUAAUUAAUUGACUUUAGUGUUAUCAUUAAAAUGAGUUUAAAAAUGUUGGGUUAGGAAAUUUUUUAACUUAAAAAAUAGUUUUGUUUUUUGUAUAUAAAAUAAAAAUUUAAAGUAAUUAACAUAAAAAAUGGUGCAAACUCCAGAAAAUCUUCAAGAUAGAAAUAGAAACGGUUAUAUUGGUGUUUAUGAUCAGGCUGAUAUUAUAGAUGGCAAACCGAAGAAAAAACAGGCAUGGUUUGGAACAAGACAUUGGGUAACAUUUAUGCUCUUCUUGGGAAUGGCAAACGCUUAUGUUAUGCGAACCAAUAUGUCAGUGGCUAUCGUAGCUAUGGUUAAUCAUACAGCCAUCGGUGGUGGAGAAGAACUUGUCGACGAUGAAUGUGAUGCUGAAUUAGGAAACGAAACAUCAACCCAUAAUAGUGGAAGCGAUGGACCAUACGCUUGGGAAACUGAUCUUCAAGGUUACAUUCUUAGCUCAUUCUUUUAUGGCUAUGUAAUCACUCAAAUUCCUUUUGGAAUUAUGGCCAAGAAAUACGGAAACAUUUACUUUUUGGGAGUUGGGAUGUUAAUCAAUUCGGUCUUUGCCUUCUUGGUGCCGAUCUCUGCAGAAUGGGGAGUUGGUUGGUUAAUCGCUAUUCGUUUCAUUCAAGGUUUAGGAGAGGGACCGAUUGUUCCAUGCACACACUCCUUAUUGGCAAAGUGGGUCCCUCCCAACGAGAGAAGCAGGCUGGGUGCUUUCGUAUAUGCAGGAGCACAAUUUGGAACAGUUAUUUCGAUGCCUCUAAGUGGAUUACUUUCGGCAUCUGCAGCAGGUUGGCCAUCAAUUUUCUAUGUAUUUGGUGCUGUUGGUACCGUUUGGUGUAUUGCAUUCCUUUUAUUCAUCUACGAAGAUCCCAAUGCCAAUAAGAAAAUGGAUGCGGAAGAAAGAAAAUUUAUUUUGGAUUCUUUAUGGGGGACAUCACAAAAUACGAAAACCCCACCAAUUCCAUGGAUGUCAAUCAUCAAAUGUUUACCAUUCUGGGCUAUCCUCAUCGCCCACAUGGGCCAUAAUUAUGGUUAUGAAACUUUAAUGACAGAACUUCCAACCUACAUGAAACAAGUCUUACAUUUUGACAUCAAAGAUAAUGGAUUUUUAUCAGCUCUUCCUUACUUGGCUAUGUGGCUCUUCUCAAUGGCUAUAAGUCACGUUGCCGAUUGGAUGUUAGUUAGUGGUUACUUUACUCAUACAAUAGUGAGAAAAAUCAUUAACGGAAUCGGUCAAUAUGGUCCUGCUGUUGCUUUAACUGCAGCUGCUUUUACUGGUUGUGAUCGUUGGUUAACCAUAGCAAUUUUAACUAUUGGUGUAGGUCUUAAUGGUGGUAUUUAUUCCGGAUUUAAAGUAAACCAUUUAGAUAUUUCUCCAAGAUUCGCCGGUAUUCUUAUGUCAUUCACGAAUUGUCUUGCUAAUCUCGCUGGUCUAUUAGCUCCGAUUUAUGCAGGAAAUAUCAUUAAAGGAGAGCCAAGUCAAGCUAAAUGGAGAAUAGUUUUUAUAACAGCCGCUUGUGUUUAUGCUGGUUGUUGUACUUUCUACACAAUUUUCGCUUCUGGUGAACGUCAAUCAUUCGACAACCCGGAAAAUGAUAAAAAGGAUGAAGAAUCCGCUGAAAAUGGAAACGCAAAUGUACAAGAUACUCGUACUUAGACUAAUAUUCUUUUAUUUUAAUUUAAUUUUGAUUAUUAAUAACAGGACAUAUCCGGUUAAGUGCUUAGCAUUAAAAAAACCGUGCUCCUAAAAUUUUAUCCACAAUAUUUGUGCCACACGCGUUAAUUGUACACAUUAAUUUUAAUCGUUUAUUUCUUUCGUUUGUAAUUUAAAAAUAAGAAAGUUAUGAUUCAACUUACAUAAUAUUUAUUACUUUUAAGUAUCAUUAAUUUAUUUCUUGUUCUGUUAUUACUAUUUUUUUUUUAGUUUUUUAGUUCCUUUUUGAACUUUUGACUUUAUCAACGUAGAAAGAAAGAAACAUAUUGUACAGAUUUAUACUUGAGUGCCUUAUACUGAGAAAUAAAUAUAUUAUUAUGCAAAGUGAUCAAUGUGGAUGUAGCAAAAGUGGAUAAUUUUUGUGAUUGUUUUUAAAGAAUGUUGAACAUUGAAAUUGUUAUUUCCUUAUUUCAGGUACAACGGAGAAACUUUUUAUUUGAAAAGAAAAAAAAAUACAAUAAAAUAUCUGUGAUAUUCAUUAUGAUGAA